GAUUCCAGGUGUCGCUGCUACGUUUAUGCAAGUAAGUUCGACUCUUUGCAUAGCAAAUUGUACCCUUGGCCCGGAUAACGUUCCUGACUGUUCGAUGAGCCGGGACGGGUGUUGUUCCCCGAACACGAUCGCCUGUUCCCACUUCUUCACUUGUUCGCACGGCCGUCUUCUAUCGGCGACGUGCCCGCCUGGUCACGGUUUCCAUGAGUCAUCAUUGAGGUGCAAGAGAGGUCACAGGUGCUACACGGAUUGUCCGAAGAGGUGUACGAACAGUUCAUGCACGGAAACCUGUUGCUCGCCUCAUCCGUACAAUUGCAAAUAUUACCACUCUUGCAAUGGAGACAGGUUCAGUCUUGGUCAGUGUCCUGAAGGAUAUAACUUUGACGAAUACGGUCUCGCUUGCGUUGAAGGAUACCAGUGCUAUCAGGACGAACCUGCACCUUGCCCGAAGUUCUGUACUUCUUCUUCGUGCAACGAGGACUGCUGCGGACCCUCGUCGUCCUGCGGUGUCGGUUACAUUGUCUGUCGAAACGGCAUUCUAACGAGGAUGUCGUGCUCGCAAAACACAAUGUUCAAUCUAAAAACAUUCGAAUGCGAUGAAGAAACAUUUUCCAAAUGUUUUACGGAAGGAGGAGAUUUCGUUCAACAGACAACUGAACAGGCGAAAAUUCUUGAAGGUCGAAGGUUGCUGUCUAAAGAAGAAUUUUUAUCUGCAAUUUACUCGGUUUAUAAAAUUGUGGGUGAAAAGUUUACAGCCGAAAUAAAUUGAACAUCUUUCAUUAAGUAACUGAUGCUUUAAAUAAAAUAAACUUGUCAUGCUUUCAAUUAGCUGUUGCGAUAUAAACCUAGCUGCAAUAAUAAGAAUAUAUAUUAGUAAAAUGGCAGAUUUCCUCGUUGAUGUUUCUUCUUCUUCUGCCAAUAUUUAUAUAUUUCAAAAAAUACAUAUCCUGACUAAAUUUAAACUGCUUCCGAAGUCGCCUUGAAUAAAACAUUAAGGCAUGAUGUAUUCCGAUCGAACGUAAGUUUAAUCUUUUUCACAACGUGGCUGCAUAUUUUAUGGGUAGAUAGAGAAAAUUAGAAUUCCCGUUGUGCAAAAACCUUUUUUUCAUUACACCGGCAUUGUUUAUAUUUUAAUAAAUUAAGAGGAUAAUAUUAUUAAAAAUGAAAUUAUUUUACCUUAUAUGACUGAAUUAUUGAUUUGAUUUGCUUUGAAAAAUGUUAAUCAUAUCGUAGACCUUAAA